UUCAAAUCUCGCUGGAGACAGCGGUGUCACUCUGCUUUUGUUGAUACUAUUUUGCUCUGAGCUGCGGGUCAUUCAGGUGCAGGAGCAGGGGGCACUUCCGCGAACAGAUCCUUAACCGUUUUCUAUGAGAUUCACCAUGUUGUGUGGUCUUUACGCGCCCUGACGCACAGCUCCACACGCACAUAUGGACGUAAGUUGUUUUCUCCUCGGUCCCCGGUCCCGUGGCCAGCCUCAGUCCACUUCCCGGGGUCGUUGUGGCCGCGGCUGCUGCAGAGUCCACUUCGCGUUUUGAGCGACGCCCCCAAAUUCCGUGCCGAGUGUUUCAGACCCUCCGGGACGGAGAGGUGGAGGAGGAACCGCAGCUCCGCCGUCCGCCUCGCUCCAGCCGCGGCCAUUACUUUAUGACUUUAUCGUGGCUCUGACAGAAGAAAACAGCCGGACUCGUGAAGUGCUCCAGGGCUGAGCUGCAGAGAAUGGGAAUAGGGACCCGGGCCAAGGCUUUUGGCUGAAGCAGCAGCAGCACCGACCUCUCUGUCCCUGUGUCCCUCGUCCCACUGUCUAAGAGGACAAACCCAAACACACCAUGUCCACGGCGGUCGACAUGGCGGGCCCCUCGUCUCCAGACCAGGCCCAUAGCAGCAGCACCAAAAUCCCCCAUGAGCCUUUGCGCCCCAGUCUGAGGCGCUCCAGUCACCCCUACAGCCUGUCCCACUACAUGAGUGGCCCCCCGGAGGUGAAGGGCCCCCCACCCUCAGAGGCCUCCCAGCAGAAGGCCGCACAGCCCUCCCACAAACCACGCAGGGCUCCAGUGGCAGUGUGGCCCGACAUGUGGGAGUCGCCCAGCGGGCUGCACCUGGCUCAUGCUGCGGAGCUUUUGAUGCGGGCAGGUCUCCUUGCUCUCACCCCAGCCUCUACGGAGCAGGCAGGGGCCCAGCCCGGAGCGACCAGGCGGGACAGUGCAGAGGGGAAGAGGGGAGACGGCUCCAGCCCAGAGGAGGAAGAUGACGACUCACCUGGAUUUGGGGCGGACUACCAGCCCUACCUGGGUGCCUGGUUCCCCUUCAGUCCAGCUCUGUUCCCUCUGACAGGGUUCCAGAUGGGAGGGGGCCAGUGGAGGAGCGCGGCCCUGGGAGCGGACAGCUCAGAUGGGCUGGGGGCGGAGGGUCUCUCCCCGAGCUCUGUGGGUGGUGCGGGGGGCAGCCGGAGGAAGAGGAAGAGGUGCGGCGAGUGCGUUCCAUGUCGACGCCAGACAAACUGUGAACAGUGCAGCAGCUGCCGCAACCGCAAGAGAGGACACCAGAUCUGUAAAUACAGGAAGUGUGAGGAGCUGAAGAGAAAGCCUGGCAUGGACGGGAGGGCAUCUGGCUUUGAGGGUCUGAGGGGCUCUGACUUCACUUUGGGGAUGUCACAGGAGCGGAGCCCCGGAGCACUGGACGGAUAGUGUAGGUCUGAUUCUGAAGGAGCAGAGUGAAAGGACACUAUUAAAGCUCCUGAUGGAAAGUCCACAGUUGUCACAUCUAGGCAUGGGACGGUCUCUGGUCUCACUGAGGUCUUAGUAAUCACAGUGUUAACACACUUUGUUAAUACUGUGUCCAUGUAAAAGAAGUGAUGGCAUGAAAGUACCAAAAACAGAACAAAGCACUGGAGUAACUUAUACUAAAGUACUUUUGAUGAUCAAGAGGAACUUGGUUUAAACUAGGCCUAAAUCUAAGCCAAAACCAGAACUAAAUCUUGCGCUUUACGACUAAGGAUUUAAACUUAUUCUGGCAAAACACACUUUUAGUUAUCUUCAUACAGAGUUGAUGUUGGUAGCCACGUUUGUUGCAAAAAUAAAAGCAAAAUGGUGCUCUUAAUUGCAUAGGAUUGAUAUUACAUGUUAUUAGACGAGGAAUGUUUCACAUUAAAAGACAGGUGAAAUUAUUUUACAAAUGAAAAACUAGAAAUACGGUACUUCCUUUUCUGUUAAAAUGUUAAACUGUCUAAAUCUAAUGUAAAAACAAACAAUUUAGCAAAAAUAUUUUCAAUUGUGUUGUUACAAUAUUACAAACAAAAAUUAAAGGUGCAUAAGACAUUUGUAAUAUUAUCUGUUUGUAAACCCAAACACUAUUGCUACCAAAUAUGGGUAUUUAUAAUGGGUCCAUCUGAGAAGCUACAGAAUGAAUGGCCAAUAACAGAAAACUUACCAACUGUUUUCAAAAACAUUCAAGUGUAUAAUUUGUCUCUAAUUUCUGUUUUAUUUAUAAUGAUAAAUCAUUAUUACUGAAUAAGCAUAUUUAUUUAAAAUGGGCCAUGAUGUCAAGUUAGUAGUUUGGCAAAAACAGUUUGAUAAUGCAGCCAAUUAAUUGAUACUUUGCACUGGGGGUGUUCUGCACCAUGGUAUCUUACCAUUUUGAUACAAUGCACACAUUAACAUACAUAGCCAAAACAUUUUUUUUAAUCUAAAAAGAAGGAAAAAAAUGCUAAAAGGAUUUAAACAACACAUUUCCAGGAGCCUGUACACAAUAGGUGUGGUUAUGAUCCUGUUUAGGUGUUUGAGGUUCAACAAAAAAAGGUGAGACUGACUAAAUGAAAAUUGUUGGCUAAUGCUUGCUAGCUAUUGACUGUAAUAUUUUUGAGAAGAACUUGUUAAACAACACAAAUCAUUUCUCUUGUUGUAGUCCACUCUUUAUGAUCAGAUUGUGCUAAAAUAAAGCUCAGAUUAAAGUCUAACUUGAGAACAGAGCUUCAGACAGAGUAGAGCCUACAGAUAGCAUCACACCCCCAAGGAAUGUUGAUGACAUCAGCUGCAAAGUAUCAAUCAAGGAAUCCCCACAUUUUAUUUCCUUACAGCCAAUGUAAAAGUUACAAGACUUUUAAAAAUGUUAUUUAACCCCUAUUGUUAUUUUAGUAUUGGUAACAGCAUUAUAAUUCAUAUCUACACUGUCCCAUGCCUAGUCAUAUGUUUUUUGACAAUCAGCGAAUGGCAGCAAGACCGAAGGAUACCAAUGUGCGUGCAUAUUAAACGUGUAAAUAGACUGUAAAUGUACAUAGCUGGAUUAAAAACAUUAUGUCUUUUUUUACAUCCCUUUGCAGUUUGGAUGUAUCGUUGUUCAAAACUAAGGCGCCAAACGUUUUCUGAAACUUUUUUUUCCCAGUUUUUAUGACGUCGCUGCAUCAAAAACGAAUGAGUUAAGCCUAGGCUAAAUUAUUUCAUGUGCAACUUGUACUGUAUAGCUCUGUUUUGAAAUAAAAGUGAGUGGGUGAGAGCACA